AACAAGCCCUUGUCAUUUCUCUCGUCUCGCCGCAACCUUUUCUCUGACAUUCAUCUGAGGAGAAGAAAUGAAGCACAACAAUGUCAUCCCCAAUGGUCAUUUCAAGAAGCACUGGCAGAACUAUGUCAAGACUUGGUUCAACCAGCCUGCCAGGAAAACCAGGAGAAGAGUUGCGAGACAAAAGAAGGCUGUGAAGAUCUUCCCCCGUCCCACUGCUGGACCUCUUCGCCCUGUUGUGCAUGGUCAGACUCUCAAGUACAACAUGAAGGUCCGAACCGGUAAAGGUUUCACUCUUGAAGAGCUCAAGGCUGCUGGAAUCCCCAAGAAGUUGGCACCAACCAUUGGUAUCUCUGUUGACCAUCGCCGCAAGAACAGAUCUCUCGAGGGUCUUCAGUCCAAUGUCCAGAGGCUCAAAACCUACAAGGCUAAGUUGGUCAUCUUCCCGCGUCGUGCCAGGAAGGUCAAGCCUGGUGAUUCUACUGCUGAAGAGUUGGCCAAUGCCACUCAAGUCCAAGGGGACUACAUGCCUAUUGUCCGUGAGAAGCAUGCUACAGAGCUUGUGAAGCUGACAACUGAGAUGAAAUCAGUCAAGGCUUUUGACAAGAUCCGUCUGGAGCGCACAAACAAGAGACAUGCCGGUGCUAGAGCCAAGAGAGCUGCUGAUGCUGAGAAAGAAGAGAAGAAGUGAGAGACGCACUUUAUCUCUUGUCAACGUUUGAAUCAGUCUUUUUUUGUGUAUCAGACUCUGUUUUUGUUUCUUCAGAUUUUUAUCCUUCAAAGAUUUUGCUGCUACUUGGUUAUCUGGAUUUAUGGAAAAGAUCGUUUUACACAUCUA